AUGCACUCGAAACUUCUCCUCCUGCUUGCAGCAGUUCCUACUCUGCUUGCCUCGCCGUCACCGGUCAAGCGGUCUGGCUUUAGCAGUGGCCAGCCCAUCGACGACAAUGGCAGAGGCGCUCCUAUUCUUGGGGGCACCGACCACCACCGUGACGUGCAGAACCCUGACAACCUCGGCGCGCAGUCAACAGACAAUGGCUUCGUCCCCAACCUAAAGUGGAGUUUCUCCGACUCUAAGACACGCCUCUUCCCCGGCGGUUGGGUUCGUGAGCAGGUCAUCCAGGAUCUGCCUCAGAGUCACGACAUCUCCGGUGCCCAGCAGCACUUGAAGAAGGGUGCAAUUCGUGAGCUCCACUGGCAUCGUGUUGCUGAAUGGGGCUUCGUCUACGAGGGCUCCCUGCUCCUCUCCGCCGUCGAUGAGGACGGCCGCUGGACAACCGAGAAGCUCGAAAAGGGCGACAUCUGGUAUUUCCCCAAGGGCGUCGCCCACAACGUCCAAGGCUUGAGCGACGAGAACGAGUACCUCCUCGUCUUUGACGACGGCGACUUUGAGAAAGUCGGAACCACCUUCAUGAUCGACGACUGGAUCAAACACACCCCGCGCGACGUCCUAGCCAAGAACUUCGGCGUCGACCCCGCCGUCUUCGACACCGUCCCCGAGAAAUUCCCCUACAUCCUCAACGGAACCGUCAGCGAGGAAGCACAGGAUGUGCCCCAGGGUACCCUGACCGGAAACAGCUCUUACGUCUUCCACACCUAUGAUCACGACCCGGAGCCCGUCCCCGGUGGCGGUGGUACCUUCCGUCGCAUUGACUCGAGGAAUUUUCCCAUCUCGACGACCAUUGCCGCUACUAUUGUUGAGCUCGAGCCGAGGGGGUUGAGGGAGUUGCAUUGGCAUCCUAAUGCUGAGGAGUGGCUCUACUUCCACCAAGGCAAAGCCCGCGCCACCGUCUUCAUCGGCGACUCCAAGGCGCGCACAUUCGAUUUUGCCGCUGGCGACACUGCCGUGUUCCCCGAUAACAGCGGCCACUACAUUGAAAACACCUCCGACGACGAAACCCUCGUGUGGCUCGAAUUCUACAAGAGCGACCGCGUCGCCGACAUCUCGCUUGCGCAAUGGCUUGCGCUCACACCUGCUGAUACCGUUGCGAACACCCUCAAGAUUGAUAUUGAGGUUGUCAGGCAGAUUAAGAAGGAGAAGCAGGUGCUGCUUAAGGGAAAUAACUAG